UAAUUAUCAGAAAAUUCCCACUACAUAAGAACCCACCCCACCCUGUCUUCAUCCUGUCACGAAGAUAAAAUAACGAGCAAUUUUGACCUAAUUUUAACUUCUGCUCCACACAUCAAUCGCGAUGUUCCCAAAAUCUCAUGAUUUCUCAGUAUUUAAUCGCAAUUGGGUGAAUAGCAAGUGUACACAAGACUCCAUCAACCGCCUGCCGGACGAACUGCUAAUUUCAAUCGUUUCACACCUACCGGUGAAAGAGGCAAUAAAGACUAGCGUUAUUGCUCGUAGAUGGAGAUACUUUUGGAAGUGUAGUUCGAUUCUCGACUUUGAUGGUUCAAAAGUGCUUUUCGAAUCGGAUGAGCCGAUAUGGCUUAGAGACGAAAGGAGAAAAUUUGCGACAACGGUGAACAAGGUACUUGACCUGCAUUCCCUUCCGACUAUAGAGCAGUUUAGAAUCGCGUUCGACUUGGAUCAAAGCAAUGCCGACGACAUUGGUAAAUGGUUACAAUUUGCUUUUGCCAAGAGGGUUAAAAGGCUAGAGUUAAAUUUGGCCGAAAGUUAUAUUGGUCGUUUGGACAAGCAAUAUAGUUUUCCAAACAUGUGCGACACCAUCGAGCGGUUGCGUAUUUUACCGUCGGGCUGCGAAUCGCUCGUAGCACUCUGUCUGAUUGACGUAGAUGUGACUGAAGAGACUCUCGAGUUUUUCGUAUCCAACUGUCCGUUACUUGAGGAACUGCGCGUGAGAUAUUCAAACUACUUGAAAAAAUUCGCAGCUAGUUCCCCAUUGGUUCGGCUGAAGCGUUUCGAAAUAGCCAGCAGAGGAACUUGUAAAAGCGUCGAGAUUUGCACACCGAAUCUGCUUUCUUUCGCAUUCUAUGGGAUUCUUCGAGUUUCCAUUAACUUGAAGAAUGUUUCGUCUCUUAUUAGUUUAUCCGUUGGGGCAGCGAGGCCCACUAUAGUAAUGGAUAAUAUAAACCAAAUCUCGGGAUCUCUGUCUCGGUUGGAGACUCUAAAGAUUCGCACGUCUAUAUAUAAUGAAUAUGUAUUGCCAAGAAUUCCCGAUUUACAUAGGCUCAAGAAAUUAGUGCUUGAUGUCAGCACCAAAGGAAACGGAAGUCUAUUAUGUUUUACUUCUCUACUGAAUGCUGCACCUUUGUUACGUGAACUUGUACUGAAGCUAAAUUGGUCGGAAACAUUGAUCAAGAGAAGGAUAUAUGUUCCUGCUAAAGGACAUAUUAGACAUCAGUGUCUUGAAGUGCUUGAGAUACAAGGUUUCGCAGGGGCUGAUAUUGAUGCUGAGCUGGCUUUAUAUGUGAUCGAGAACGCUCCUUCACUUAAGAGAAUAAUUAUCGAUUUUCGUCGACAAAAACCGGAUGUUAUGGGUAAGCUUGAGAUCGGAAUUGCUAGAGCGGGUAAUCACACUCAGAUGGCAAUGGCUACAGAAGGUGUUCUUAUGCUGAAAUCAAAACUUUCUGCAGGUGUUGAACUGAUUAUUAAUCAAUGAUAUAUAUAUAUACAACUAUUUUCUGGCAACAUAUUUAUUUUAGGACAUGGUUCAAGUUCUUACUAUAUUAAUAUCAUUGUUGAUAAUUUCAUAUACCCGGACACGGCUUCGAAUCGGCUGCUAUAAAUGUGUUUUGGGCAUAAAUGUAAUUGCACACCAAAAUUAACGGUAUUAACUUUUAAACAUAUGACAUAGAAA